AUAAGAAACUUUAGAAAGUUCAUCCUGCAAACUAAAAAGGACCAGAGAUAGAUCGACAUCAUCAACAUGUUGCGCAUUGACCUUGUAUUGUUCUUAAUUUGCAUUUCUUCCACCCUAGGAGCUGUUCUGAAAUACGUCCCGCGCUUACAAUGGCCUCCGGAUUUCUGCAACAAGUUAGACUGUCCAAAGUAUGAAGUACUGGAGAAAAACAAGGAUUAUGAGGUACGCCUGUACGAAGCAUCAGGGUGGAUGUCAUCAAACACAGCAGGGAUUGACUAUACAAAAGCAUCGUAUACUAACUUCAUGAGACUGUUUCGAUACAUAAAUGGCACCAAUGAAAAAUCUGAAAAGAUAGCCAUGACAGCCCCAGUUUUGAUCAUGGUUCAGCCAGGCCCUGGGCCAGCUUGUGAGAAUAAUUUCACCAUGUCAUUCUUUAUGUCUCCAAAAGUCACAAAUCCCCCAGCUCCCACAGAAAAAGGGGUUUUCCCUCAAAAAAUGCCACAGAUGAAAGUAUAUGUGAGGUCCUUUUCUGGUUACGUGAUUGGUAUUGAUAAAUGGUUGGAACAAGCCAAAAAGCUAGAACAGGCUAUCAGUGCUAAGGAAGCUGGGAAAUUCCACACCGAAUUCUUCUUCACUGCAGGAUAUAACAGUCCAUAUGAGCUCUUCAACAGACAUAACGAAAUCUGGUUCAUCGCAAAAUAAUUUGUUAUGCAAUACAUGAAAAUCUGUGUCUUUAAAAUGUUUAAUUUUGUUGAAUGAUGAACUACCAGGAUAAAACUUGUGACAUUCAAGAUGAUUGGCAAUAUUAACAAUGUACUGUAUACAGGGUUAUGUUUGCCUUUUCACACUUGAAAACAGUUUUGCCCAAUUUUAAAUUUGCCCAAACACUGUUGUAAUUAAAAGAAAGUGCUGUUUUAUUUGAAUUUGCCCAUUUUAAAUUGGCAUACUUGCGAAGAGGGUAAAAGGGGCAGAAAUAAAACGGGGGCAAAAAUUUCCCUGUAUUCAGUAUAUUGUCAUAUGAAUUUCAAAAUAAAGUCCAGUAAUGAGUUUUACUUGGGCUAACAGCGAAAUCAAAAUCUUCUUUGAAGUAAAUUUAAUUACCAUAACUUGAUUAUUUUGUUUCUGAUCACAAACAUUUAAUUGCUACAUGUAAUUUAUUUCAUGAGAGAAAUUGAAUUUUUAGGUCACC